AUGACCUUACCCUCCAUAUUCCUCUCCACGCUCCUAACCCUCCUCCUCGCACCCCUCUUCUUCCUAAUCUGGUACCUCCACGUCCCACGAUCACUCCCAAACCUCCCUAGAAUUCCGAUCUACGUCUCAAUCCUUAGUCUCUGGUCCUCUAUGGGCCAAGACGAGAUCUACAAACGAUGGUUUAGGGCUCCACUAGAGAAACACGGCGCCGUGCUAGUCUGGUUCGCUGGACGAUGGAGUGUACUCGUCUCACGACCAGAUUGGUUGACCGAUAUGUUCCGCAAUGAACAGAUAUAUUCGAAAGCCGGAAGCCAGAAGAAGAUCCCACACGCUGUGAUUGCGACGCUAGUCGGCGAUAACAUCAUCAAUGCGCAUGGCGAGAAUUGGAAGCUUUAUACUGGGAUUAUGAAGGCCGGGUUGCAGAAGAAGGUUUUCGAGACGACGUCUUUACUGAAGCAGUCGAGGAAGUUGGUGGACAUUCUGAUCGAACUGCAGAAGGUGACUGGAUCGGAUAAAGGUAUUCUGGUCAUGGCAGAUGUACAGAAAUGGGCUGUGGAUGUGAUGGGCGAGAACUUCCUGGACUUGGAUUUCAAGAGUCUGGGCCAACCAAACGGCGCCGUCCGAAUCGAAGCCCUCCAAUCCAUCAUCAAAGCAACCCUCUUCAAACCAAUGUACUUCAGCUUCCCGGAUCUCGACCACUUCCCCUGGCUCCUCCCAUCCCGCAAACGGGCCUACAACAUAAUGCACGAAUUUGACAACCGACUCUACACAAUGAUAAUGGCAAUGCUGCACAAACGCAUACAGGACAAACCAACCCAAUCAGAAGAAAUGGUCUCACACAUGCUAGGCGAAGCAUACACAUCGGGCCGAAUAACCGAGAAACAAUUCCGCGAUAAUCUAAAGAUAACCUUCCUAACAGCCCACGAAAACGCCCAGCAACUGGUAACAUCCAUGUUCUGGCAACUGGGCACACGAGUCGACAUCCAAGAUCGACUACGGGAGGAGAUCCUCGCUACAGCCAAGACACACCCGAAUCCAUCCCAGGAAAUCAUCAACAGCCUCCCCUACCUGACGGCCGUGGUGCUGGAGCUACUUCGUCUCUUCCCGCCUGUCUGUCAGCUCAUUAACCGGGUUGCGUUGCAGCCUGCGCUGCUGGGUGGUGAACUUCCCAUUUCGAAGGGGACGUUUGUGGGGUGGAAUGCAUGGGCCGUGCAUAGUAACCCGGAUGUAUGGGGUGAGAAUGCGCGCGAGUUCCGGGCUGAGAGGUGGGGGGAGACGGUGGAGGAGAUGCAGGGACGGUUUCGGCGGGAGACGGUUCGUGGAACGUAUAUCCCGUUUAAUGCGCAUAAGCGGAAGUGUCUUGGGCAGGGAUUUGCGUUGUUGCAGGUGAAGAUUUUGCUGUUUGUUUUGCUGGGGAGGGUGAGGUGGGUUGUUGAUCCGGAAUAUCGGUUGAAGAUGACACCGGGUGGGAUUCUAGCGCCGCUGGGCUGUCGGGUUAUCUUGACCGAGUUGGGGUCUUCGUGA